UUUUUUUACCUUAUUAGGGUUUUUGAUCUUCUUCAGAUUUCUUCUUCACCAAGAUUUCCAGGAGUCUUGUUAAUGGAUAUGAGAAUGAUUUUGGAGGCUUUUGGAGAAGACAUUAUAGGAGAAUCAUAGUUUGACAUGCCAUUGUUUUCGUGCUCUCCCUUGAUCAAAAGGAAAAGUUGUUCUCCACUUCUCCUUGUCGCGCUAUGGCUGCUAAAGCUGAAGAACCGAUCAAUGAGCAAGCAGUUGCCAACAUCUAUAGUGCCAUGAGGUCUGAGAUCACCCAGAUUUACUCUAAAAUUACGGAACUGGAAAUGGAAGUUAGUGAGCACUCACUCGUGAUCAAUGCUAUACAACCACUUGAUCCUGCAAGACGGUGUUACAGGAUGAUUGGAGGUGUUCUGGUAGAGAGAACCAUCAAGGAGGUACUGCCUGCUGUUCAACGGAAUAAGGAGGGAAUUGAGGAAGUGAUAGCUCGACUGAAUGAAGCCUUGGAGAAAAAGAAAAAGGAGAUUUCUGACUUUGAGACCAAGUAUAAAAUUAGAAUCAGAAAGCCUGAUGCUGAAGUAAAGGAGGAGGGUGGUCGAAAGGAAGGCUCUGCACAAGGAGUCCUUGUUGGUCCUGCUGGUUCAAAUGAAUAGACCUGUCUAUUUUCCAAAUUCCAUUUUGAGGUACUUCGUUGAAUAUGGUCAAGGAACUAUAGUACUUUAGCAUCAUCUUUAGUGUGUGAGAUCUAUCAUGUUCAUUUAGCUUACGCAGUGAAGACUCGAGCUUUUUUUGUUUUUUAUGAUGGAAUAUCUUUUCACAUAUCAGAGGUCUUGAGACUAUGCUUCAUGCCUUGGCGGUGUUUAACCGGACGAUGGCGACAUUUUAGAAUCUUGAUUUUACCUCCUCGAACAUUAGCCAAGUGUUUCUUACUUGCUGAGACUUGUGGCAUUUUGUGCUUUGGAUAUGGAUUGUAAUUUAGGUUGUUGGAGUACAAUUUAGACGGCUGAAUCUUAUUAUUUUUCCAUGGUACUGAAAAAUAUCUAGUUGU